UUAUAGGGCUCUAUUUACUUUUAAAUAUUUAAAAAUUUAAGAUUUUUUGUCAAUCGUUAAUAGUAAAAAAUAAGGAUCGAAAUUUUCUUAAACAUCUAACAUUGGUAGGUUUUGAACUUCUAACUAACAAUAGCACAAAAAAGCAUGUCACCAACUGAAUUAUACAUAACUGAUACACCACAAGGAGUCUGUUAAUACAUGAGAACUUGUUUUCUGGAGGAUUUGGACAGGCGUAUACCUUAAAUGGGCAUAUUAUGCGUAUCCUCACCAAUCCUUUUAAUCAGACGGUCCACACGAGGCGCGUGGCCCAAGAACCGCGUCUCAGGAAUAAUUUCUUUGUAUGUGUGGACGGCCAAUAAAUAUUAAUUCUCUGUUUAUACACACAGAAAGCAGAAUAAAUACUGACUUAGAUGUAUGUUUUAUUCUGUCUCCUUUACUUAAUCAAUCUCAUUUUAUAUAAUAGUAUAAAACUCACCUUCCUAUCUCAUCAACUUAACUCAAAUCAUUCUAUUCCCAUUCAUAAUCUCUCAAGCUUUGAAUUAGCCUAAGAAAUUAUUCUCUGUAUCAUCAUCAUCAUCAUCAUCAUCAUCAUCUACAAAUUGAAAAUAUUGAUCUGAUCAAACUGUUCAUCACACAAGGUUUUAGAUUUGGUUUAAGAUAAAGUAUGGCAAGAUCAGAGAGUUAUGAAAAUGAUCUUCAUCUUGAAGCUACUGAGCUUAGAUUAGGAUUACCAGGGAGCAAAGAACCUGAGAAUCAAUCAUUAUCUAAUAAUGUUGCUAGAAAUAAUAAGAGAUCAUCACCUGAUCAAAUCCCUGAGGAUUCUUCAUCAACUAACAAUUCAAGUGUUUCUGAUGCUAGAAAUCAAGAUUGCCCUCCUCCUUCCAAGGCACAGAUAGUUGGGUGGCCACCAAUCAGAAAUUACAGGAAGAAUAACCUGCAGUCUAAGAAAAGUGAAGCUGAUGCAUCUGGAAUGUAUGUGAAAGUAAGUAUGGAUGGAGCACCAUACUUAAGGAAGAUUGAUUUGAAUGUGUAUCAGAGUUAUGAACAGUUGUUAAAGGCCUUGGAAAGUAUGUUCAAGGUGUGUAUUGGAAAGUAUUCUGAGAGAGAUGGAUACAAUGGAUCCGAUUUCGCCCCGACUUAUGAAGAUAAAGAUGGGGAUUGGAUGUUGGUUGGAGAUGUUCCGUGGGAGAUGUUCAUCACAUCUUGUAAAAGGCUUAGGAUCAUGAAGUCUUCAGAAGCUAAAGGACUUGGGUGUCUGUGAAUAUAAGGAUCUGUUUGGCAAAUGGUUUGUUGGUUGAGCUUUUAGCUGAAAGUAUUGACUGAUUUGCUAAUUGUUUAAGUCGACCGUUAAAGCACAAAUUCGUGUCAGAAGUGUGUAACUCAACAUAGAACAGAAGAUAAUCAAAUCAAUGUGGGAAAAGAAAGUGUCUCUUAAAAGGGUUUAGGAACACAUAGAAAAUUUCUUUCCUUUUUUUGUUUAUUUUACAUUUCUAAUUUUGUUCUUGGAUGGUUUUUGAGUUUUUCAUUCUGGGUUUUGGAAGAAACUGAUAUUAAUAGUCAAAACCUGUACUGUUUUAUACUUUGGAUAUAUUAUGUAUUUUCAUGA